GACGACGGGAGAGAGGGGUUCAUCUCUCUGAAAAAUCUUGCAAUUCUUAUAGCUUUGGUGAUAUUGCCGAUGAAAUUGGCCAUCAAUUUGGAAAUUUAUCGAGCUUCGUGGUUAUGCAUUAUAUUAUAUUGUCGGAAAGAAACAGAACUGUAGAAAAAGAAAAAGAUGGAAGGAAGUACGCGGCGUUUACCUAAGUGGAUGGUAGGUCCAAGUGUUUCGUUCGCCGAUACUAAUGAAGAUAUGAAAAAGAAGGAGAAGGAGAAGAAGACGAAGGAAAAUAAGCGUAGGGCAGAAGAGUAUGGAGAGCCUACCAAUUCAUUCUCUCUUACAAAAACUAAACGUGAAAAAGAUGAUAAUGAUGAUGGUGGCGGUGGUGAUGGUCUUAGUAGAAAGGUUAGGAAAAAACGAAAACCCCAAAAUGCUGUCUUUACCGACGAGGAGGACUUCGAACCAGACUUGACAGUUGAAGACCUGGUUACCAUUGCUCACGAGUACGUCAAGCUCAAUCAUGAUUCAGAGUCACGUAAUACAGAAGUCGCAACCUGUAGGACUGAGCAUGUCCAAAGCACAGCUGCUUGUGCGAGUGAAGAAAGCUUAAUUAAUGUCACAAGGACAGGGGAUCCUGCUCAGGACAUGCUUCAUCUUUUCUUGGGGCCCUUGCUCAAGAAGCCUCUCGAGUCUAUCAAAACUCAGAAUGUCAUUGAUGAUAUAGUUUUGGUCUCUGACUUGAAGAACCAAAAUCACAAUGAUGCUCCGCAACAAAUGCUUCCCCUUUCCAAUAUGAAGAAGAAGACCAGUCUCAAAAACAAGGUCUCCUUGUUCCUUGACUGAAUUUCAUAUCCAUAUUUCUUUGGAGCUCUAAUCUCAUCACAUCUUCGCCAUGGAUUGUGCGUAUAUCAUCUGGGUGUUGUCAAAUGGUUAUUAGUUUAGGACUUAUUACCAUGAAGAAUUUCUUCUCCCAUACAAUAUAAAUUAUGUUAUAUAUUUCUGGAAUCAAGCGUUUCAAUAAAAUAGAGAUUACCUUUUUGCC